AUGGGAAAUUGUCAAGCAGCAGAGGCAGCAACUGUAGUGAUACAACAUCCAGGAAACAAGAUCGAGAGGAUUUACUGGUCUGUUAGUGCUCAUGAAAUCAUGACCUCUAAUCCUGGCCAUUAUGUGGCACUUAUUGUUUCAUCGCCAACAAUGAGGACAGAAAAUGGGUUGCCAUUGAAACAACUAAAGCUUCUUCGACCUGAUGAUACCUUGCUCAUUGGCCAUGUUUAUCGACUUGUCAGCUUUGAAGAUGUUUUGAAAGAAUUUGAUGCAAAAAAAUGUGUUAAAUUGGGAAAGCUGUUGAAAGAGAGUGGAGGGCCAGGAGUAGAAACGAAGAAGAAGAACUCAUCAGAGAGGCUUAACCCCAUUUCUAAUUCUGACAACUCCGAUUCCAUUGAGGUGGAGCAGGAGUUUAACCGACUGGGAAGCAGUGGUGGCAGUACAAGCAGCGGCAGCAGCAGCAGAGGAGGAGUGGGGAGGCAUUAUGGCGGCGGUGGUGGUGGAGGGCAAUGGAAGCCAGCCUUGCAGAGUAUUUCAGAAAUUGGAACUUGA